AUGGGUGAAGAUAUUCAAUUAGAUAAACCAGAAACAAUCGUUGAUUAUAUGAAAAGAAUGCUUGCAAGGGAAGGAGUUACAGAAUAUGAUGACGCUGUCCCCGAUAUGCUCGUAGAAAUGUUUUAUAGAUACAUAGAAGAUUUAAUCCAGACUUUAAAGGCAAAACAAAGACAAGGCGAACAAAUAGUAGUUACACCACAAAUAAUUCGCGAUGCUCUCAAUAUAUUAGUUGCUUCAUGGCACAUAUCUACUACAUCAUCUGAUCAACUUAAGUCAUUAAAUGUAAACAGAAGUAUCGACGCUAGACAAGAAUCAGAUAUUGCUCAGAAUUACAAAUUCAGUGAACCUAAUUUCCAUGUUCCAAUUGGAAACAGAAAAUAA